AUGAGAGUCUCUUUGCUCGCAACUGCCUUGGCAACUGCCUCUGUUGCCGUUGCCUCCUUGCCCGGCGGCGGCGACUUGAACCCGCCAACCAUUGACGUCUCUCGCGUUGUCACAACAAUUGGCAAUACUCCGUCCACAAACUCGGUCGCGCCAAUUGCUACUCCCUCGUCAUCUACCAGCUCUACUUCUGCUCCUCACACCGUAUCAACGCAUGUUGCCCCUUCCACAGACGUCAGCAGCACGCCGUCGUCGCACCAGGCCCCCAACGCCACCAGCUCCAAACCCGCCGACCAGACAGGCGGCGCUAUUCUCCCGCACAUGCAGGGUUCUAUGGUUGGCCUGCUUGGCUUUUGCAUCAUGAGUCUCAUCAUGCUGUAA